UCAGUCACGUGGCUUCAUGCUUUUGAUCACCUGAUUGCCUCAGUUUGACAGUCCAUUUGAUGCCAAUGACUGAUAUGGACGUCGUGUGUAUGGGUAGUUGUGGACGAUACACUCGUCCAAAUUUUAAUUUGGGACUAUUAAUUAUCUUCCAACUUUACUUACAUACAGUGGAGGGAGUGUGGCCACUUCCGCAGACUUUCAUCUCCUCGACGGAGCGAUACCCACUGGACCCACAGGCUUUCUUCUUUGGUUACGGAAGACAAUCAGCCGCACAGCAGGGCUGCUCUGUUCUGGAUGCCGCAUUCAAGAGAUAUUUUUCGCUUAUUUUUCCAGACUACUCUUACGCAGCAAAUGGUGUUCUGCGAUUCAGUGAGGAUAAACUAUUUACUGUUGAGAUCAGUGUUGACCAUGAUGACUGUGAGAGUUACCCAAAUGAGUACUCUUCUGAGAGAUACAAAAUGAGUGUCUCUGCAGGACAAGCAUCUCUGAAGGCAGAAACCGUGUGGGGUGCUGUAAGAGGUCUGGAAACCUUCAGUCAGUUGGUGUAUCAAGAUGAUUUUGGCACAUAUUUUGUUAACAAGACUGAGAUCGAAGACUUUCCCCGGUUUCAAUUCAGAGGGAUUUUGUUGGACACUUCGCGUCACUACUUACCAGUGCAGGCCAUUUUGAAAACUCUGGAUGCAAUGGCCUACAGUAAGUUUAAUGUGUUUCAUUGGCACAUUGUUGAUGACCCCUCCUUCCCUUACCAGAGCCGCACCUUUCCAGACCUUUCCAGUAAGGGGGCUUUCCAUCCGAUGACUCAUAUCUACACACAGUCAGAUGUGAGAAGGGUGAUCUCAUAUGCCAGGCUGAGAGGAAUAAGGGUCCUUCCGGAGUUUGAUUCACCCGGCCACACCAAAUCUUGGGGAAAAGGGCAGUCUGACCUGUUGACGCCGUGCUACAGAGGGGGCUUCCCCUCAGGUACUUUUGGUCCUGUUAAUCCAGUGUUACCCUCCACCUACCAGUUCAUGGCGAGACUAUUUAAGGAAGUGUCAUCAGUGUUUCCUGAUUCCCAUAUCCAUUUAGGAGGGGAUGAGGUUGACUUUUCCUGCUGGAGAUCCAACCCUGAUGUUCAAGCAUUCAUGCAGAAGAUGGGAUUUGGAGUAGACUUCACCAAACUGGAAGCAUUCUACAUGGAGAACAUUGUGAAUAUCACUUCAGCUCUCAACAAGACUUCUAUUGUGUGGCAGGAUGUGUUUGACUACCAUGAAAAAAUUCCUAAGGACACAGUGCUGCACAUCUGGAAGGGUGACCCGGCUAGUUAUAAGGCAGAGCUCAGCAGCAUCACCAAAGCUGGCAUGAGGGUCCUGCUGGCUGCCCCAUGGUACAUCAACCACAUUUCCUAUGGCCAGGACUGGCGCAACUACUACACUGUGCAGCCACAGAACUUUUCUGGUACUGAGGAACAGAAGAAGCUGGUGAUAGGGGGUGAGGUCUGCAUGUGGGGGGAAUAUGUUGAUGCCACCAAUCUCUCUCCACGUCUUUGGCCAAGGGCAAGUGCUGCAGCAGAGAGACUGUGGAGUGAUGAGAUGCAGACCUCCAGUGUGGACAAGGCAUUUCCUCGUUUGCAAGACUUUCGUUGCAGGCUUCUGAGGCGUGGCAUCCAGGCAGAGCCUCUGUAUGUUGGAUACUGCAAACAUGAGUACCAAGGUGUGUGAAGAUGUUGAAUGGACCAACAUUGCAAGCUUUUUCUGGAGAAUGUUGGACUUAAGUUUACUGUUGCCUUCUUAGCUGAUUCUGAAAAAGAAAUCUUGUGUGGGGAAUUUACAAUGGUGUAAAAUCAUUAAUUAAUAUUUAGUUUCUUCAGUCUUGAGUAUGUAGACACUAAAUUGCUUUCUCAGGGACUUAUCAAAUGACUUGUAUUUUCACAUUCUCAUUUUAACUCAGUAACUGUUUGAUUAAUGCACAUUUUAUUUAAAAUGUUGCAUAUUUAGCAGUCAUAAUAUUGAAAUGUUACCAAAAACCUUCAUUGGAGGAAACCAAAGUGCUGUAAUACCAUGUUGAAUUGUAGUUGAUGAAACACGACUGUGAAAAAUAGAAUGUUAAUUUUCAGUUUAAAUAUUUACAAUGCCAGUAUGCUUACCGUCAUGCAUUGGAAUGUAAUAAAAUAAUUUUGGUGUGCA